AUCGCUUGGUCUUGCAAUGGCACCUCGUGUGAGAUUUCUUCAGAAAGUUCAGAAGCAGCUACGUGCAAAAGAGGCAGCCGAUGGAACAGAUCACUUGGAGGAGACAGAGCAAAGUGAAAAUACCCUCUCCUCGAUAAACAAGGAAGGCAUGGAGAAAUGCAGGACUAAUUUCAGUGAAAAAGCAUCUGUUAACAAAACAAACAAAAUGGAGAGAAGGAAAGAAACUGAAGAAUGUUCUGCUUGCAGUGAAGGUGCUGAGGAGAGUGGUGAGUCUGAGGAUGAAUUGAAAGAGCUAUCAGAGGAGGAGGAGGAGGAGGAAAAAGAAGUUCAUGUACCAAGCAGGGUACCAAACUCGGACUCUCUGCAGUUCUUUGAAGAUGAUGAUGAUGAUGAUACCAAAGGUCUUGAUUUGCUGACAGUGAAGCAACGGGAUGUUUUUGGUGUAGAAGCUAAAGAUAAUCCAGCACCUACUGCAUCAAAAUCAAAGCUGAAGAAAAAAACAACUAAAACCCAAGAAGCCAAAAAAAUUUUGAAGAAGAAAUUUAAAGUUAACACAAAAAUAGUCUUUACUGAAGAUGGAGAGUUAGUGCAGCAGUGGCCACCUGUGCAAAAAUCCAGUUUGGCAAAAGAAGAUGAGGAAGAUGAUGCCAGUGGUAUCAACUUAGAAAAAGCCAAGGAGAUACUGCGGCAAGAAGACAAAUUUGACAAAGAAGAAUACAGGAAGAAAGUAAAGGAAAAACAUAGGGAGAAGAGACUGAAAGAAAAAGCAGCAAGGAGAGAAGCCAGGAAUAAGAAUGCACAGGCUGAAGAGGAAACAGUGGCCUAUCUUGCUCACAGUGGAAGUGAAGAAGAGUUUGAUCCAAGUACGCUUCCAGAUCCUGAUAAGUACAAAGAUUCUGAUGAAAAUCAGGACUCAGAAAGUGAAGACAGCUAUAGUGAACUUGAGGAGGAAAGUGGAAGAAAGAAGAGAAGCUAUAGCAGCAGUACUGCAGCACAAGAAAUACCACUGAAAAGAAAGAAGGUGAAAUUUGGCCAAGAGGAGGACUCCUAUGUGCCAUUAGAUACUGGGCUUUCUCUGGCAGAGGAUGAAGAGCUUGUACUGCAUCUGAUCAACAGUCGCAGCUAA